ACAAACAGAAUAAAAAGAUAUUCAAGAUCGGCAUUUCCAGUAAAUAAAGAAAUAAAAUAAGCAGCAACAUUAAUACAUUAUGGACUCCGAGUAUCCUGUCUAUGAAAUUCCCCUGUACACCGAGCUGAAGUACUUCUGUAAAAAGGUGCAUGAAGCCUAUAAAGAAUUAAAGGAGGACCUAACACCGUACAGAGAUGAUCGAUAUUACAGGCUGGCGCCCAUGCGGCUCUACUCUCUCUCCAAGCGGCACUUUGUCCUGGUUUUUGUCGUUUUCUUCAUCUGCUUUGGGCUAACUGUUUUCAUCGGUAUAGCAGGUCCUAAAAUCAUUGACGAGUCAACACUUAAUGUGUCCAAGCUGAUAUCGAACAACACUUUAAAGACGGGUCCAUUCCAUCUGAAGUCACCACCAUUGUCAACAUAUAAUCAGCAGCUAUGGCUCACUUGUCUAAUACAGCUGAGUCAGACCGAUGGUAUUGAAUUUUCUAAAGAGGUUGAUAUGAAAGUUGAAAUAAAAGGUGUAAUGAACGAUGCUAGUGUGAGGAACAUCUAUAACAGUGUUCAUAAUCGUAGCAGAUUGCUUCACUGUGGUGCUACAUGUGAUGAAAUCAUUGUGGUACACCUUGGGUAUCUAAAUUAUACACAGUAUCAGAUAAACAUUAACUUCACGAAACUCCAGACAAUGAAAUACAAUAUUAAUGAGAUAAUCUUCACGUGGAAGGUCUACAAUCCCUCAUUUUCUCAAGUUGAAAUCUGGUUUCGAUUUGUUUUCGUGGUCUUCACAUUCAUGGUUACAUGCUUGUUUGCUCACUCCCUCCGGAAGUUCUCCAUGAGAGACUGGGGAAUCGAACAGAAAUGGAUGUCUAUCUUGUUACCACUGUUGCUGCUUUAUAAUGAUCCAUUCUUCCCCCUCUCAUUCCUGAUGAACAGCUGGUUUCCAGGGAUGCUGGAUGAUCUUUUCCAGGCUAUAUUCCUGUGUGCACUGUUGCUAUUCUGGCUCUGUGUCUACCAUGGAAUUCGGGUUCAGGGAGAACGGAAGUGUUUGACAUUCUAUAUGCCCAAGCUUUUUAUUGUUGGCCUUCUUUGGUUAUCUGCUGUAACUCUUGGGAUAUGGCAAACAGUGAAUGAGCUGCAUGACCCAACCUAUCAAUUCAAAGUAGACACUGGCAAUUUCCAGGGAAUGAAGGUUUUCUUUCUGAUUGUGGUCUCCUUGUAUAUUUUAUAUCUGAUCUUCUUGAUCGUACGAGCCUGCUCCGAGUUGAAAAAUACGACAUACAUCGAUCUUAGAUUGAAGUUUUUGACUGCAUUGACGUUUGUCGUGUUAAUUAUCAGCAUCACAAUACUCUACCUGAGGUUUGGAUCAAAAGUUUUGCAAGACAACUUUGUAGCUGAGCUGUCAACCAACUAUCAAAACUCAGCUGAAUUUUUAUCCUUCUAUGGUUUAUUGAACUUUUACCUCUACACGUUGGCCUUUGUGUACUCUCCUUCAAAAAAUGCUCGAUAUGAUUCCGAGUUGAAGGACAAUCCAGCCUUUUCUAUGUUGAAUGACUCGGAUGACGAAGUUAUUUAUGGGAGUGACUAUGAAGAAAUGCCCCUACAAAAUGGACGUGCAAUAAAAGCUAGUACCAAGUAUGAAGAUGAGACGGACAGCGACUGAGGUUCUCUUUAUUUCAGUGAAAGCUGGCAGCAAACUAAAACCAGUGUAAAUAUUACAUGUGUACUACUGGAUUGAAUUGUAUUUUAUUUAAAUGUAAGUGGGAUGCUGAUGUGGUUGUUUUUAUUAUUAGUACAGUCAGCGCCGCCUAAUCGUGAUACUGGUAAUCGGAAUUUCUGCUUAAAUGGGAUACAACUAUGCGAGACGGUUCUUCCCAAUGCAAUUUUAUGUCAUUUAAUUGGCAUACAGUAUUUUCAAAUAGAUGAACGGAGAUCACUUUUUAGAGCAAGACAGGUUUGCGUAGCACAGUGCAGUGAGUGUGUGAUUACGCUGUGACUUGUGUAAACCACGUUGAACUCUUGAAGCUGGAGUUCUGUGUGGUUUCUCAGGCAGCUGUUGCAAGAAAGUUGUCAUGUCAACAAGUGCCUCGCCUUGUGAUAAAAUGUGAUUCCAUUAUUUUUCAUUUCAUGUAGAAAUAAGAAACCGAUUUUGUUUGGGAUUUAACAUUUAAUCAUAAUGUUGUGAUUUCAUUCUUUUUCUUUUCGUUUAGAAACAAAAAAGUGUGACCUAAGAUUGUCUCAAAUGCCUCUCGUUUUAAUUUUUACUUCUCCCGAAAUGUCCCGAUAAAUUGGCGUCAACUGUAUUAUUAUUAUUUAGAAAUCAAGUGCUACUUAACAUGAUUGAAAAGAACAGUUGGAGUUGUAAUUACACUGCUGCACUAGGAGAUUGUGAUUUGAUUUUGCUACCAAACAUUAACUUCAGUCACCAAGUUACAAGGAGUGGUAGUUAAGAUUUAUCCUACUGAAAGAAAUGAAUAAAAUGCAAUAAUUUUUUUGGGAUAAGAAACCCCUUUACUUUGAUAGCAGUGCUGUUUUGACUACAGAACAACAGAAUCAAGGGGUAUAAAGGGAAAAAAUAUGAUUAAAAAUAAUCAUUUUUAAUCAUAAUUUAUAGAAAUGCCUAGAACGGAAAAAGCAUUACAGAUUUACUUUUAAAAUCAGUGUGUAAAAAUAGAUGUCUUAUUGUCUAUUUAAAAAAAAAAACACAACACUUAUUUUUUUUUUUAAGUUUCAGGUGUAUUAUUUUAAAAGUUGGCAAUAUAUACUCUUCACAUGCCCUUGAUCUUAGAUAGAGCAAUGCAUCUUUACUCAGAAAUUAACAGGGAAAAGAGUUAUGAAAAUUCCCCUUGUACAGUUGAUGUAAAUCUGUACACAUGUUUAAAUCCAUUUUUUUAUAGCUUUAAAUUGCACUUCACUUUUUGAUAUAUUCAUGUUUGCUUUCUGAUUUGUCUUAGAUAUUUAUAUAUAGUUUUAAAGUAACCAGUGAAAGUGUUUCCCAAUUUGUAAUUUUUUAUUUUAAAUACAAUUUUAGUUUUUAGUUGGCACAUGCUAAUUUAUCAACUUUACAUUCCAUGUUUAAUGCUGAAGCUACUGACUUAUCUUUUGUCUUAAUGUGUAUUUUCUGCAUUGCAUGAUGGUACUUCUACAUCAGAUUACUGUACAGUUCAAAAAUUGUAUCAUGAAAAAAUAGUUCUCAUAUGCUGGUAAGGCUGAAGUUAAAUAGCUGUAUUUUUCUGUUAGGAUUUGAAGCCAGGCAGUCAGGCUUUUAAAAAGGUGUUGCUAUGGAGAACACCAGAAAUGUGGGCAAGGAGGACAUUGCAUUAGUAGUGGAUGAAAAGUAAUUUUAUUUCAGACAUUGCCCAUGUAUUGUCAUCGUUCUCUGCAUUCAGUCUAUGUCCAUAGCAUAUACACAUUUUCAAGGAAUGAAACCAUUUAUUGUAUUACAUCAUAGCAAAAUCACACAGUAGUGGAAGGUUUGGUUUAAGAUAGAAGUUUGUCAAUUUUUUUUAAAACAUUGGGCUGGGCUGCAGGUAUCGCUUGGUUUUCAAAAAGCUGGCAGCAUUCAGUUUCUAGGGACUUCACACACUGUAAGGGCAGCUAGAACUGUAUCAAGGCAGUACAAAAUAACAUCCCAUAUGUGAACGUAUUGAAGUUGUUUUCGUUGCUGGAGGUUUUUUUUUUUUGUUUAUCCCAUUGAAGUGAAGAUUCUUGUGUUGCCAACACCUACCUUCUGUGCUGCAUCUUCUUAAACAUAACUGGGGCCCUCUAUCCAGUUAGAAUAGAUGACAUGCUGCUGUAAAAACAUCACAUGCUAAAAUUUGUUCAGGGUAAUAUGCUUUGGCUUGAACUACUUAUACUACUAAAUAAAGCAGUGUUUUUGACUGAGACCUUGAUAUUUUCCAAAAUAAAGCAUGGCUUGUGCUCAAAUAAACAUCUGCCAAAGGCUUUGAACUAUUUUCAAAAAUCCUUUCUUUAGACCCCCCUGGCGCUGGUAACUCUGACAGACCAAACUGAAUAUAUGUUGGAAAAAAUAUUUGUUCCAACAUUGUUUAAGUGAAUGAUCAAUACAUUUAACAAUAUGGUUGAUCACUGCUUUUUUAAAAAAACAGCAAUGCAGUAGAGAAAGCUUUCCACCGAUUCAAAAUGUUUAAAUGCCAAAUAGCAACUGCCUUGAUUUAUCAUUGGUGACAUUAUUAUUAUUAUUAUUAUUAUUAUUAUUAUUAUUAUUAAUAGACCAAUUUUUUAAGCUGGGUAGGGUCUAGAAACAAAAUGUUCUGGAUUUCUUUAGUUGGUUGCCAAGAUUAUACUCUUUUCAUAAAGUCCAUAUUAUGGGGAAUUGAACCCUACAUUUGCUGUAUUAGUUUUUAUUAAUCAUUGUAUUCAAUUAGAAGAAACAGAUUUUUUGUUACAUGCAGGGAUUGAUCCUUUUCAUGUUAACAGCUUAUGUAAAAUUAUGUGUAAACAGAUAGCAUAUCUGCACAAUAAUUCACAAUUAAAGCUGCACACUUGUGCAUAAAUAGCACAAAAACAAAAUAAUCAACAGCUUUUGCUUUGCUUUGUGCUUUGUAUAUGGUACAUUUAAUCAUGACAUGAAACCAUAUAUAAUUACCAGACUUGUACAUUUUUUAUUAAUUUUUAUUUGAAAUGUCAAGUGGGUGCCAAUUGCCUAAUGUACAGUUCCAAAUGACAAUGAUUGUGUUGUAUGUUUGCUUGGAAUGAAUCUGUAACUCAUCUAGGAAAAUGUAAGAUAACAUGAAUGUAGAGUUAAUAUCAAGCUGUACAUACAGUGCAAGUUAGCUCAGUGUGUACAGUAUGGAGGAACCCUGCUUUUACAUUAAGUAUUAAUAAAUUGUAAAGAUGCUCUCUUCCUCUUAAGAAAAACACUUUGUAAAUGUUGUAGGCAGCAGUAUUACUAUAACAAGGUAAUCCAUUCUCAAGUCUAGUUGCUCUAAAGACAGGGACUCUUAAAGGGAAGAUUGCAUGUUUAAUAACCAGGAUGCCAUUUUAUUAAGUGGGAGGAAAAACUAAUUGUUGGUUCACUUACAAGUUAUGGAAAGGAUAACUAAAUACAAAUCACUGUGGUGUUCAGGAAAUGUUCAUUAAAACGUCUUUAUUUA